AUGUCAAAAGAUUUGCGGCAAGAAAAUCACGAGCUAAUGCAAAAGUUGCGACUGGCCGAGAGUAUGGAAUUGGCGUACUUGGAGGAAAUAGAACAUUUGAAAGAGGCACUGCAAGCGGCACAGUUGGCUAAGGAUAACUCUGCUCGCCCGGAAUCCAGUUGUGAGGAGUUGAUGCAAUUACACGAACGGUUAGAACAAGCGGAUGAAAAAAUCCAAACCCUUCUUGAGAAAGUGACUGAAUCGGAACGCCAGCGCAUGGCUCUCCAGGAACGUUUAACGGCAGCGGAACUACUGUUAGAGAAAAGCGUUUCAGAGGUAUACUCGUUCGGUUUUAUGUUUCCUUUUAUUUGCUUUACUCGUCGUUUUUUUAUCAAUUUCAAAUUAAAUAACCGCUGUCCAUACAUCUCACCAUUCCAGUAUUGA